CAGGAGGAGAGGACGUGGCGUUUGAGGCGAAGGCCCUGGGGAGGAGAGGCCGAUGGAGGCCGCGGGAGCGCCGCGGGGUGCAGGGCUCAGCCGCCCGGCUGCUCAGAUGCUCUGCUCACAUGCUCGGGGAAAUGCUGGUUUCAAACUCCACGCACACACGCCACGUGUCUGACCAGAGGCCACAUGACGUUGGGGACCGGCUGGUCGGACCCGCGGCAGCAGCGCCCGGUCCCCUCGUGCGGAGAACGGCAGGCCCUGUCACCCCUGCGAGGAUUCCCGGGUCCCCGCCGGGCUGAGGUCUGGCCCCCUGCUCCCCGGCCACGAGUGUCCACGGGGUGACCACGGAGGGCUCCACACUGGGGACGGGGCCGACCCAGGAGUCCCCGACUGGACCUUCCGUCCUCGUCCUCCCUGACGGGCACCGUGUGCGCGGCCAGCGGGCCGGGCCCGGCAGACAAAGCAGGGGACACGCAAAGCCAGACGAAGCUGGGGCGCUCGCUGCGGACACAGGCCUCGCAGUCGUCCUCAAGUCACAAAGCCUGGGGACCUCCUCCCGCAGCGCCCCCCACCCCCGUCCCCGGGCGCCUGCAGGGAGCAUGAAAGCCCUGCCCUCCCGCGGGGUCGCUGGGCCUGGCCGUGCAGGGACCUCAGCUUCUGCGGGAGGAGGCACCCCCAAGGCCUGGCGCCCCCCUGCCUGGUGCUCACCACGCCCACAGGUGGCCUGGCCGGGUCGGGGCAGGGGGCCCAUGGGAUCCAGCCCCGGGGGUGCAGGCGCCCCUCACCUGGGAACACAGCCCGGUCCUGCCCCCCACCGGCGCUGCAGAGCCACGUCCACAUCCCGCUGUCCCGUGGGCCCCCGGCCCGCCCUUGGCCGCACACGAGGAGCUCAGGCCUGCCUCACCCCUGCGGAGUCGCCCUGCAGAGCAGCGCGGGGGCAGCGCCAGCCCCGCCGAGGCAGAUGUGCUCCCCCUGCCAGCGACCCAGGCGGCCAGGCCGUGCCCAGGGGGCAUCUGCUGACACAGACUUCGGUGGCAGGGUCCUCUCGUGGCUCAGUCCCCGCGCCCCAGCCCGCACCAAACCGCUGCGCUGCCAGACAGAGGGUGGCAAGGGGGCGCCCAGACAACAUCCCCCCAACUCCACCGGGCCUCGCGGAUAGGCUGGACACGUGGUGGCUGGGGGGCACCACGGAGGCCAGGCUGGGCACCUGGAGGUCAGGGGGCCAAGAGGUCGGGCUGGACACGUGGGGGUCGGGGGGCACCACGAGGUUGGGCUGGGCACUGGGGGCCGGGGGGCACCACCCCACGGAGGCGCCUGCAGAUGGCUGUCAGACACAGGGGAUGACCUGCUAUGGCCACUUUGCUGCCCGAAGUCCCGGGCAGUGGGGCCCCCCCACUCUGUCCUCCCUCCACCUGCGACAAACCCCUGCCACGUAACCCUGCUGCUCAGCCCACCCCGCAGCGGCACCCCUGCUUCCCGGGCCGGCUGCCCUCCGGUCCUGGGGUGAUGCACGCACCCCUGCAAUGGGCACAGGGCACACAGAGCAGGAUUUAGAAUUUCAGUGAGGGGCACCUGGGUGGCUCCAUCGGUGAAGCGUCUGCCUUCAGCUCAGGGCAUGACCCCGGGGUCCUGGGAUCGA